UUGUAUGAAUUGGGAGGGGGUUAUUUCCGGAUUAUAGGUGUCUCCGUGGUUUUGGAGUUGAAAAAAGCGAUCGUGUUCAUCACAGCCUGGUACCAAGGCGUUAUCGGAGCAAGUCGCGCUGCUACCCGCCUCUAAUAGGGCCAAGCUCCGGGCACCCACUGGUAGGAAUCCCUUGACUAGCUGAGUAUUGUAAGCCAUUCAUUAGCUUGUGGGGGACGGUGCUCCCGUUGCACCGAGGGACUUAUAAGACCUAGCAGAGACCUUUCCGAAACCAGGGCUACGGCCGCAUGCUUCAUUAAGCUCCUCACUACGCCAAGUAGCCAGCAGCGGCUCUGCUUCCUGGGAGUAUCGGGGCCGUGACACCCAGCACUUGGACAAUAGCCGCACAGGCCAUCGGCUGGGGAGACCCAGCACCGAAUACUAAGCGAUCUCGUACUGGAAGCAGAGCUAUUGAUUGAGCUGACGCAGCAUAGAAGUUGGCACAGAACACCCGAGGGCCAAUACAGACAACGAGGCACGUCUGUGAAUAUACAAUGGGAUUCCUUUUGUUAUGGAGUUGCUGAGUCGCUCUGAGACUUUCCUGUGUUAAAUCUGCGCGGUGAUGUGAUCUGUUCCUCCGGCCCCUGAGGAUACUCAGCUGGAUAUUUUUUCAACCACCCGUUAUUUUUGUGGCGUGUGCGCAUUGGGAACUCCCUAGCUUGCGCAGGGAUCCCCGGAUCUAGCUCUUAUGGUAUAGGAACAUGGACCAUAGCAACAGGGAGAAGGAUGAUAGGCAACGAGCGGCUAAAGCUAUGCCUGUGCGGACUGGUCAUAGUUCCCGCCCAUCCAGCUCUACCACUUCCUCUGGGGUCCUCAUGGUGGGACCCAACUUCCGGGUGGGGAAAAAGAUCGGAUGUGGGAAUUUUGGGGAGCUACGGCUAGGGAAGAAUCUUUACACCAAUGAGUAUGUGGCAAUUAAACUGGAACCAAUCAAAUCUCGAGCUCCACAGCUUCACCUGGAAUACCGGUUUUACAAGCAACUUGGGAACACAGCUGACGGGCUUCCUCAGGUCUUCUACUUUGGACCAUGUGGAAAGUACAAUGCCAUGGUACUGGAGCUUCUGGGCCCAAGUUUGGAAGACUUGUUUGACCUUUGUGACCGGACUUUCACCUUGAAGACUGUGCUGAUGAUUGCGAUUCAGCUGAUUUCAAGGAUGGAAUAUGUACACUCCAAGAACCUCAUAUACCGGGAUGUCAAGCCAGAGAACUUCCUGAUCGGCCGCCAAGGCAACAAGAAAGAGCAUGUCAUCCAUAUUAUAGACUUUGGGUUGGCCAAGGAAUACAUUGACCCAGAAACCAAAAAGCACAUACCUUACCGCGAACACAAGAGCCUGACUGGAACGGCCAGAUACAUGUCCAUUAAUACUCACCUGGGGAAAGAGCAAAGCCGGAGAGAUGACUUGGAGGCCCUGGGACACAUGUUUAUGUAUUUCCUGCGAGGUAGUCUUCCAUGGCAAGGCCUUAAGGCAGACACGUUGAAGGAGCGUUAUCAGAAGAUUGGCGACACAAAACGGAACACUCCAGUUGAGGUUCUCUGUGAAAACUUCCCAGAGGAGAUGGCUACUUACUUGAGAUACGUAAGAAGAUUGGAUUUUUUUGAAAAGCCAGACUACGACUAUCUGCGAACACUUUUUUCGGAACUCUUUGAACGGAAGGGAUACACAUUUGACUAUGUUUAUGACUGGGUUGGCAGGCCAAUUCCUACCCCUGUUGGAUCCGUCCAUGUUGAUUCUGGGACCUCAGCGAUAACCAGGGAUAGCCAUGUCCACAGAGAGAGACCGUCGCAAACACAGCCACUAAGAAACCAGACGGGCGCCACAGACCGCCGAGGAGCAUGGGAAUUACAAGCCAGCCGACAGGCUCACCCCGCUUACUUGGCACCUCACCUGGCAUCUGACCGGCAUGGGGGAUCUGUGCAGGUGAUGAGUUCAACAAAUGGGCAGCUGAAUGCCGAUGACCAAACGGGUGGUCACUCCAACGCACCAAUCACAGCGCAGGCCGAGGUGGAGGUUGUGGAGGAAGCUAACUGCGUGAAAAUGCUCAACUUGUGGUGCUGCUGCUUUUUUAAGAGGAAACGGAAGAACCACUCUCAGCGACACCACAAGUGAACUCCCAGAAUCCUGUGGGGAAGAAGUUGCGUGAGCUUGGCACCUGCAGUGUUUGCGCUGCCAGUGACUCUAGGGCUUUGGGAUGAGGAUGUGGGUUCUACUUGAAGUAAAACCCAAGGGGAUAAAAAAACAGAAAAUCUAAUGCUGUUGGCAUCAUUCUGAGGCUGACCCAUAAAUGGUUACAGAGACCAGGUGCAAUAAAGCUUAGCCCUUUGAUGUGAGAGUCCCAAGAGGAAAGCCACCACCUUUGAAUCAAAAAAGGCACUGGCAGGGACCAUCCCUUCCUAAUCCUUUCUAUUAUCUGCAUUGGUUACUGCGCUCCUACAUUGCUUGAAUGCAGCAAGAUUCCUUCCCCUUUGUAGCCAUGUCUGGGCCUGUGGCAUCUCUGCUACCAUCUCACCCCUGCCUCAGUCAUGGUGGCUGGAGGGAUUUAAAAAAAAUGACUACUUUUUGUUAUUUUAAUAUUUGUGUUUUUGUUUCUCCUAUGAUUCAAUGUUUUUUUUUUUGUUCCCAGAUCUUUUUUUUUUUCUCUCCAUUAGAAAUAAACAUAGAGAAUUAAAAGCAUUCCACGGUAGAUGGGCCGCUUCCUGCAUGGGUAAAAUGCCUCACGGGGUCUGUGUUGCACUACUGGCUUUAAACUAAAUAUACCUUUUUUUAAUAAGAAUUGUGUGCAUUCUCUUGCUCUGCAUGUACACUUCAGAGUGACUUUGGCUCAGGAUCUGCGAUGACGGAGCUUCGUCUCCCUGCUUAGCUUUAUGUAUACAGCAGAUCCCACACAAACUGAGAAGUAAAUUGUGUUGCUGCUUCAGGGGAAAAGAAAAUCAUAAAAAGACUGAAUUACUAUAGUAAUAGUUUUUUUUAUGCUUGAAUUCCUAAUCUUAACCCUUUUGCAAUGUCAUAAUUUUAAUAGUGUUUGUCAAACCUCACAUUUAAUUUCUUGUUAGCUUUUAAAAUGCUAUUGUAUACCUUUCCUACAAAACACCACGUUGUUUUGUCUGUUUAAAUUACUGUGGAGGGUAACACAAGUUCCCUGUUUUAUAACAUACACUGAGUUUUGCUGCAGAAAACUGUGAAUGCAUCACCCUUGCUUUUAUAUUAAAUCUCCCAGUUUUUUUAUAAAUUGGAUUACUGUUUACUGUAACCCAGCUGGUUAUAGGCUUUUUGGUCGUGUGAGCAGAAUUCAGUUUUGGGCACCUGGACAAACAUAAAAACGCUUUGUAAGUUCUACAAUGUAGGCGUACAUAUCAAGAGCAAGAAGAGUGGUGUCAAACUGGUACAAAGGAGUGACUCCAUCGCCCAUACAUGAGAUCCUCAGACUAAUCUUCCACACUGCCAAAAAUUCAUCAUCGAAGAUGCCUACAGCCUGUCAGAUUUUACCAUCAUUCCCCACAAUACUGCAGAUGGAAUAUCGCGCACUAAUCCUAUGCUUAGAGCCAGCCUUGUACAUGAACCCUGCCGCCAUCAAAUCAUAAGGAAAUACUCUUAAUCUAAUAUUAUGAACACUGAAGGAAUGUUUAUCUCGCCCUAUUUACAUGUCUGAUUGCCGUAAGAGGUGAUUCCCAAAUGCACUGAUGAGGCUGGGUUACCUCAUAGUGGUGUGCGAAUGAAGAAAGGUUUCCCUACUACUCCAGUGCCUUUUGUGUUUGUUUUUUUUUGGCUGCUCAGUCUUUCAAUCUUCCAACUGCUGAAAAUAUUUGUAAUGAAGACUUGCCUCAUAAAGAAGCAAAUCUUUGGGUUUAGAGGUAAACCUGUCAUUCCAGCCAAUCCUCCUUUUAAUUCCUCCUCUUUUUGUUCCAUGCUGAUGGAUCACCCCUCAGGAAUCUUUCCACUUAACUUGUAAUGUACAGAGACCUCCAUUAUUUUUUUUUGUAAUUUGAUUUUGAAGGUAUAUUUAAUUUAGAGAAUUGCAUUGCACUGUAGUUACAAGGAGAUUUUUUUAAGAUUUUUUUUUUCCUUUCAAAACUUUAAUAAAUGUUUGUCUGUAAAAA